AUGGCCAUCACGCCCGACCCCGUGGCCACCACUAGCCGUCGCCACGCGGUCGCGCGCCCGGCCGCACCUCGCGACCGCCGCCUCCUCCAUCCCUGUCACCAGCCCCGCCCGCGCCUGCUUCUUGCGUCGGCCGCCUUUACCCCUGCCGCGCCGCCCGCAUCCGCCCCCUGGCCGCUCACAGCCGCUGCGCGCGCGCAUCCGUGCUUUUGGCCGCGCCCCGGCUCGCCGGCGCGCGCCCACGCCCCACCGCACGCCAUUGCUCCCGCUGCCCCGCCGCGCCUCGCGCCGUUAUCGGCCACGCCGCGCCUCGCCGGCCCCUCCUUGCUCGCCGCCGUUCGCCGGGGCCCCCCUGUCCCCGCCGCCGAUGGCCCCGGCCUCGCACCGCUAACGGGCGGGCUGUGGCUACGCCCGCAUGCCCGUCCCCAGCGCCCGCUAGGCCUCCCCAGGCCAAUGACAUGUGGGGCCUAG